UUUUCUUCAACUCGUAUUACCAGAGCAUAUAACUACAUUCUCAGUAGUCUAUCAUGCAAUGAACGAAGAGCAUUGGAUUGAAAAGGAAAAUUUAAAACAAAUACUUCAUAAAGCAAUUUUAAUUGUUAUAACUUCAUGUUUACCUGGUUCAAAAAAAUAUGAAAAACUUCAGAAUUUACUUUCAAAGUCUUUCUUCUGCACUAGUUCGACGAUUGCUUUGGAAGGAGUGUGCAGUCUUCGGGAUUUUGAAGUUGCUAAAGAACCAGAUGAUGAGAAAAUUGAAUUUAAUUUGAGAAUAUUGAAAGGGAACCUUAAAAACAGCAAAGCAAGAUAUGCUGAAUUAUUACGGAAGAGUUUAAAAAAUUUUAAAUCCACGGAACUUUCAUGGUGCAAUCCACCCGCAAAUCAAAUUCUCA